AUGAAAUUAUGUGUUUACUUGUUAUUGAUCAUUGUUUUUCAUACAAAAUGUUCAGCUUUGAAGCCAGUGCAUCUGGCGAUUGUUGUUUGCGGCUCUCGGCUCGAUGAAGCAGUGACUUCGCUGAAAUCUUCGUUGAUCUUCACGCCAGGGCCGGUUAUCUUUCAUAUUUUCACAGAAGACCAUCUACGCAAAGAAUUCUAUGAGAAGAUCGAAGUUGAAUGGCCAGUGGAAUAUCAAUCAAAAUUUCAAAUGGAAUUUUAUCCGAUUGAAUUUACACGCGGAAACGAUGAACGUUGGAGAAUGCUGUUCAAACCAUGUUGUACACAACGAUUGUUCAUUCCAGAUAUCUUGAAAAACAUCGAUUCGGUGAUUUAUGUUGAUACAGACACAUUAUUCUUGAGUAAUGUUAGAAACCUAUGGCGAUUCUUUCGGAAAUUCAAUUCAACGCAGCUGGCUGCAUUGUCACCGGAACAUGAAGAUCCGUCCAUGGGUUGGUACAAUCGAUUUGCACGUCAUCCAUACUAUGGUUCAAUGGGACUUAACUCUGGUGUCAUGUUGAUGAAUUUAACUCGUAUGCGUCAAGCGGAUAUGAUCAGUAAAAUCAUGAAUAUCUUCGAUGAAUUCCGUCUGAAUAUCACUUGGGGUGAUCAAUGCUUAUUGAAUAUCUAUUUCAAUUAUCAUCCGGAACAAUUGUAUGAAUUUACUUGUGAUUGGAAUUAUCGGCCAGAUCAUUGUAUUUAUGAAAACAAUUGUGCAAUGGCAAAAAAGGAUGGAGUGAAAAUCCUUCAUGGUUGUCGUGGUGCAUUUCAUAAUGAGAAAUAUGAUGAAUUCAAAGCGAUUUAUCAAGUAAUUCAAAACUGGAAAUUCGAUGUGAAUCUCAAAUCUUCUCUUCUAUCACAAAUUAAAAGCAAUUUAGAACGUUUUUCUACCACAAACUGUGGUAAAUCUCGAGAGAUUUUUACUAAAUAUUUAUCCAAGGAAAUCUCUUCGAUUGAUUAUUCGUUGAAAAAAGCCUUCCAUAUUGCAUUUAUCUUUCGAAACAAUUGGAAUUCUAUUGAACAAGCAUAUAUCACUCUAAAAUCUCUUUCAUUCUUCUCCUCAAAUCGAACUCAAUUCCAUGUACAUGUGGUUUCAACAGAUCCAAAUAUACAGCACCAUUUUUCGCAACAAAUAGAAACUAUGGGAUAUUUGAUAACUUAUUAUAACACAACAAUUGAGCAUCCAUUUCAUCUCUCUAAAAUUUUGAGUGUCGACCGUGUUGUUUAUUUGAAUCCAAAUAUUAUUUUUACGAAUUCGUUUGAGAAACUCUGGUCGGUUUUCGAUAAUUUCAAUUCACAACAAAUCAUUGGAAUGUUCGGCCAAUGUCACAUAUCAGGUAUUGAAUUUCUUUCCAAUAGUUCCGACUUUAUCUUCUUCUUUCUCAGCAUCAGCAUUUUAAAUUAUUUGAUCUUCGAAUAUGCUUCUACUCCAUUUAAGUCAAAUGAAACAUUUGACUAUCGAUUUCGAUGGUAUCAACCAGAUAACUACAGAACAGAAGAACAAUAUUUUUUCAACAAUUUAGAAAAUGUUUACUUUAUUCCGUGCGGACUUAUGCUUGAUCCUGAUCACUGCCAGUCGAUUCAAAAUGGAUUAUUUCUUUCGGAUCUUAUGGAUCAUCGUUUAUUUCGAAUUUUGUACAAAUUAAUCAAUCAAAUCGAUAUGAAAAACUCGAAUGAGUUAAUCGAGAAUGAAAUCAACGGUAGAACCGAUUUACAAUGUCGCAAUGAACUUGUAAAGCUCCUUAUCACGAAUAAACGAAACUGA